GAAGUGGAUUUACAGACACAGGAAGUGGAUUUCAGACACAGGAAGUGGGUCUCAGAAACAGGAAGUGGGUUUUCAGACACAGGAAGUGACGUCAUCCCGCCCCCAGGCUCCUUCGCCAACGCCCCGCUGGCCGACGCCUUCCUGGUGAGCGGCAGCCCCCUGUCUCAGCGCAGCAUGCUGCUCUACCUCGCGGGCACGCCGUACCGCCUCUGGGCGCACCUCGCGGACGCCGUGAGGGAGGGGCGGAGCCAGUACGCGCGCGCGGUGGGCGCGGCCGCCGCGGAGGACGACCCGUUCGCCGCCAUCUACAGGACGGAGGCCGAGCGUGCGCUGUUCACGCGGGCGCUGCGGGAGACGUGGAGCGUGUGCGGGCGCCGCGUCCUCGCCGCCUUCGACCUCGCGCGCUUCCGGGUCGUGUGCGACGUCGGCGGCGGGUCGGGGGCGCUGGCGCGCGAGGCCGCCCGGCUCUACCCCGGCAGCUCCGUGAUCGUCUUCGACGUCCCGGACGUGAUCGCCGCGGCGCGGGCGCAGGAGCCGCCCCCGGGGGAGGGCGAGGAGGCGGGGCCGCGCGUGAGCUUCGUGGAGGAUUUAUCCAGAUAUAGGGCCUCACCCGCGUGUGAAUUUAUGCAAAUGAUCCUCAUUAAUACGCAAAUCUAUGCUUAA